UGAUGGGUUUAUACAAAGGAUUUAUUUAGUUCUUUUUUUAUGCAUAAGAAGUGCGUUGUGGUGGUUACCGCUAGUGAAUGAAAGUAGUUAUUACUAUAGUAUCUAAAUUCUAAAGUUUCUAUUUGUCUAGUGAUGUCUAACGCAUAAAUGUAUUUGAUUGUUGUUUUAUGUUUUGUAAAUAUUUGAGUAGAAUUAAACCUCGCAGCAGGCAUCUAAAAUUGCAAAGAACUCGAUAAAAAAUAGUGGUUAGAAUCAUUUUUAUAAAAUUGGGAUAAAUGGAUUUCGACAAAAUUCUAGAAAAAUGUGGAGACUUUAAUCGAUACCAAUUCAUGAUAUUGGCGCUAUUUGGACUGAUAAAUGUUAUAAUAUCCAUGCACUAUUUUACACAAACUAUUAUUAGUUUUGUACCAAAUCACUGGUGUUACCAUGAGAAACUAGAAAACAAAUCCUUUACGGAAAUAGCUGUUAUUUACUCAAAGUUCGAAAAUCCAUCAUGUACAAAAUUACUGGAUAUUGAUGGUUACAAUGUAACUGUAAGCACGGAAGCGUGCACAAGAUGGAUUUAUGACUAUGAUUAUGGCUAUAGAAGUAUGAAUACAGAGUUAAAUUGGGUAUGUGAUUCCGCUUAUAAAGCACGAGUUGGACAAUCAAUGUUUUUUGUCGGAUCAGUUGUAGGGACCCUAUUUUAUGGUCUUUUAUCAGAUAAAAUUGGUCGAUUACCUGCACUGAUAUUAUCUAAUUUAUCUGGAUUUGUUGGAGAUUUUUCUACAAUUUUCACAGCAACGCUGCCAACAUUCACACUUUGCAGAUUUAUUUCCGGUUUAGCAGCUGACACAAACUUUUACUUAAUGUAUAUAAUGGUGUUGGAAUACAUAAAACCAUCAAUGCGUACUUUGGGUCUCAAUUUAGUCGUAGGCCUAUUUUAUUGCUUAGGUCUAGUUUUUACACCAUGGCUGGCAGUUGUUGCCGGAACUUGGCAGCACUAUUUGAAAAUGACUUCAUUGCCAAUUUUGUCCAUAAGUUUAUUUUAUUUUAUUAUACAAGAAAGUGCACAAUGGCUAGUAACAAGAAAUGAUUUGGACGGUGCUAUAAGACGUCUAAGGAAUGUUGCAAAAUUUAAUGGAAAAAAAGUAUCGGAUGAAGAUUUUAAUGAAUUUCGAAAGUAUUGUGAGAAACAAAGGACGAAAGAAGGCGAGAAGCAAUCGAACUUAAUUGAUAUGUUUAGAACGCCAAGGAUGAGAAAACAUACACUUAUAUUAUUUUUUAAAUCAAUGGUCAUAACGCUGUGUUAUGAUGCCGUGUCACGAAAUGUGGAAGGAAUGGGACUAUCACCUUUUGUCAUGUUCUCACUUAGCGCAUUAGCGGUUCUACCUUCCAGUGUACUAUUAAUAUUGCUUCAAGAUAAAAUCGGUCGCAAAGGAAUGGCCUCCUCAUCGCUAUUAGUUGGUGGCAUUUUCACAACAGCAGCUGGGAUUGCAAUUGCUUACCAAAAACAAAACCAUAAUGCAACACUUUUAGCUUGUCUUACAAUUGCUGCCAGGUUUGGAGUUGCAAUCUCUUAUGAAUCUGGAUCGCAGUAUGCCACCGAGCUAAUACCAACAUGUGUUCGUGGACAAGGAGUUGCUGCUGUACAUGUAGCUGGGUUUGCGGCUUCAUUUCUGGCGCCAUACAUUUUAUACUUAGGAACAUAUUUUAAGGCAGCACCAUCGAUAAUACUGGGUGUUUUAUUCUUUAGUGGAGCUUUCGUUUGCCUGUUAUUGCCCGAAACUUUGAACAGAACUCUUCCUAAAUCGUUGGAUGAAGGUGAAGAAUUCGGUAAAGGAGAGCGUUUAUUAGAUUUUCCAUGCCUUUCAAAACGUAAUAAAGAUACUAAUGAUUCCCCAGAACAUUCAGAAGCUGACAUAACAUCUGUUUAACAGUAUUUUGUUAAGUAUUUAGAAUAUUUUAUUUAUUAGUUAGUAUGAUAUUUAAAAAAAUAAUAAUAUUAAGAAUAAAAUAAUUAAAGCUGCAACUCGAAAAAUGCUCAUAGAUUAAAUGAUUAAAUUGUUAAAAUUCCUUAGCAAAUAUAUUUUCCUUAUUUUUUUUUAUUUGUAUCCAUUUUGCUUGAAUUUAAAAACAUUAUAUUUUUUUUUGUAUUUUAUAAUAUCUAAUAACUCUACACAAUAAAAAUGUGAUACACGUUUUCCAACGAAAUAAAUUUA